AUGGAGUACUGUGUACUUGAUAUUGGCGUACGAAGAACUACCCCGUUGAACGAAAACAUUCCAUCCAUUAUACCUCCUUCAACGAGCAGUAGUGAAGCUUCGACUUCCACGAAUCCACCACCGAUUCGGCAAUUCAAGCAUGAGCGCCAACUUUACACCCAACUAGACCCAGAACUCAACAUAAAUCCGAUUAUUCGAGAUGUCCGUCGUGUUCCCGAGUACGAGUUACGUGAAAGAACUGACGCUUCCGAUCCCACCACAGUUGUUCUCGGAAUUUUCUUACGAAUACUUGAUCCAAGUGAAACCAUCGAUUAUGGCUGCACAAAACAAAGACAACGGUUAAUUUCUCAGCUUUUUGAAGAAGUUGAACGCCGCUCGUUUGUCGAGGAGGAACUGGAGAAAAUAAGCUCGCCAGCCCUACCGGACAGCGAUGGCAAAGCGCUCUCUGUACAACAAUUCUACGAUCAAUUACGAGUGUAUCAUCAAGCGCGUUCGGCUAAGAAUGAGUCAUGCAUGGGGUCAGAUUCCGUACAGCACCCUUACUUGCGUCCAUUGCUGAGGACAUACCAACAGCAAGCCAUCCGCUGGAUGCUUCAUCGAGAAACUGGCCAAGAAACACUGCCAGCCCAAUACGUCCGGCUUCGGAAUCGUGCCAUACCGGAGGUGGAAUUUUUUAUGGAUCUUUACCACUGCACACUAAGCGAUCAGGAACCAAAGCCGACCCCUCUGCCUGCUGGUGGAAUUCUUGCCGAUGAAAUGGGAAUGGGAAAAACGGUGGAGAUACUUGGUUUGAUACUUCAAAACAGGAAACACGCGACGAUCACGGUAACGAAACGACCACCAGACUAUGCUGAUGAUUAUGACGGUGAGGGUGAUUCGGCCGAACUCAGAUGUCUGUGCAUAAAAACGCAUCGAAAGAAAACGAUCGCUUGUAGUAAGUGUGGCCGAUUGCAACACCGUAAGUGUGUUUUGAAACAUCACCAACCCGAUCGUAAGAAAAGCACCUUCCGGUACAUUUGUCCCGAGUGUUGGCGCACUGAACCACUGGUAGAAUCUGGUGCCACAAUAAUCGUCUCGCCAGCCUCCAUCAAACAUCAGUGGGAAAAUGAAAUACGCAAGCACGUGUGUGACCCCAGCUUCCGUGUGUUUGUAUACAACGGUGUAACGGACACGCAGGGCAAGUGGAUUAGUCCAGCCGAUCUCGCCUCGUACGAUGUGGUGCUGACCGACUAUAACGUGCUAAAGCCGGAAAUUUAUCUCGUAGCUGAAAAUGCACGCACUUCGCGUCACGAGAAGCGUUUCCUCGUGCCCGCUACACCACUUACGAUGAUACGCUGGUGGCGCGUGUGUCUCGACGAAGCACAAAUGGUUGAGGGAUUGAACAACAACGCGACCAAGAUGGUAAAAGCCCUCCCGGCAGAACAUCGCUGGACGGUGACGGGUACACCGAUCGAGAAGACGAUCAACAAUCUGCACGGAUUGGUGCAUUAUCUCGAUUACGAGCCGUACAGUUACUUCCCGGUGUGGUCACAGUAUGCGUCACGGUUUCAGGCCGGCAAUGCGGAACCACUGCUACAGAUGAUGGUACGCGUAAUGUGGCGCACGUGUAAGCAUGCCGUGCUGGACCAGCUAGGAAUUCCACCUCAAACGGAGCGCAUUCACUACAUCCGGAUGUCCGAUCUGCAAAGCUAUUUCUACCGAGGCGAACAUUACCAGUGUACUCAGGCGUUUCGGGAAAAGGCACGCAAAAUUGGCCUUUCUCUACGUUUGGCAGAGAUGAACAUACAAACGAUGAAUGUGCUGUUGGAACCGCUCCGUAAGCUUCGGUUGGACUGUACUAUCCCAUCCGUUUUGCACGUUGGUACGGCGACGCUACAAGCGAAGAAGCUACUAACACCUGCCGAACUUCACGAGCAUCUUGUCUCGACCAACGCAAAUGAUUGCAAAGGACAGCUCCGUUCGGUUGUGUCCUCGUUGAACGGCAUGGCAGCGGUACACAUCCUGCAGCAGAGCUAUGAUCAAGCGUUACGGCUUUACCAAACUAAUUUGCGAUUGGCAGACGACUACAAAGGUACAAUUAGCGUCGAUACACUGCUCCAGAUACACGCCAUACACAACCUGCUCGAUCUGAUAAGCUCGCAUGGGGAGGAACUCGACGCAACCCUAAAACCAACGCCGGAACAGAUACAAGCGUACGAAGAACGCUGUGCCCGACUCGAAUGGGGCUACAUUGAACAGUACGCCAGCAAAGUUCGCUCGAUUGAGAACGCUCUACUGCCAGCAAUCAAAAAGGUUAAUUACCUGAUAGCAAAUAAUAACGGCCACCGUUUGGUACGGCUCGAUCGACCAUGGUGGUUUGAUCUGUUGGCGUUCAUGGAAACAAACGCCCACCUUUGCGUUACGUUCCAGUACCGAUUGUUCCGAGAGCAAAAUCUUCUGGAAAACACGGGCGUAAGUUCGUGGCGCUCGAUGGGUAUUUGGUUGUUAAACUGGAUGGAAAAGAUAGUGGCAAGGCGUCAAGCACUACAGCGGGGCUUCCAAUCGUUGGCAUUCUUUGUAGACAAUCUGCGACCGAAUCAUCUCUGGCCGGCGGUAACACGAACCAGUAUUGAGCAGCUGAUACGGACCGCUUUUGCCUGCCAUCUUGAUCCGGCACUUUUUCAAGAGGAUGAGAACGGGAUGCGCACGGAAAAGCAGUUAGCUCCGAAGGGAAAAUCGGCCGCACCGCUUUGUUUGCUUUGUAAAGUUAAGGACACAUUGAACCAGCUGGAAGCAGUACUGUUUUUGGACAAACAGACACAAGUGGCAACAGGAGGAUUGUGGCAAGUUUCGCCACAGGAGCAAGUAUUAAAACAGCUUCAUCAGUACGCCAAACGGCAAGAAAAUAUGGAGCAAACAAUCGUUACGGAAGGAGAACACUUUCUAUCGUUCCUAGAGCGAAUUAAGGUGGAGUUUAAAGAGUACUCCCAGUACUGGGUGGAAAUUAACUACACCGUCGCUGCGUACGAUGAGCUGACCAUGUGUAAGUCACGCCUGCAGCUACUGACCGAAGCAGAACACCGCGAGAUGCAGCUUGCGAAGAAGAAGCCCUCCCCGUUGCAAUUGCUCGCUUGUGAACUUUCCCUCAAGUUUAACGAAAUGCAGCUAACGAAAGCAACGGCCGAGCGAGAGUUUGUAAGAAUAAAAGGAACGCUUAAAUAUUUGGAGCAUCUAGGUGCGAGAAAGGAAAUCGAUCUUUGUCCAAUCUGUCACAUCGUUCCAGAGGAAAAGUAUGCCGUGUUCCAGUGUGGUCAUCUGCUUUGCAGUGCUUGUUCACUGAAUAUGUUCAAGUUUGCACGAGCUAGCGGUAAUGCGUCGUGCGCUGUAUGUCGCCACGUUCAGCUUGUCAAGGACAUACAGUAUGUCACACUGACAGCAAACACUAAAAUUCAAACCGUACGUGGAAGCUACUCAAAUAAGAUUAUCAAAAUUGUCGAAACGGUGCUCGAGCUAAUUGAAGAAGAGCGGGAUGUGAAGAUCGUGAUAUUUUCCCACUGGGAGCUGAUCCUUAGCGAACUCGGUGUGGCGUUAGAAGAAAACGACAUCAAGUACCGCCAAAAGUCGAGGAAAUUCUACCAGAGUCUGGAAGAGUUUAAGGACUACGCCAAUGGAAUUACCUGUCUACUGCUUCCGCUUCGAUCCGGUUCGAAAGGUUUAAAUCUAACGGAAGCGACGCACGUGUUUUUGGUUGAGCCAAUUUUAAAUCCGGGUGAGGAAAUGCAAGCAAUCGGUCGUGUGCACCGUAUUGGACAGACACGGCCAACGUUUGUGCAUCGAUUCAUCAUGCUCGAAACGAUCGAGGCAACAAUUCACGAGACUAUUCAGGGUGACCGAAGUGGCAGGUGGCUUUCGAAGGAGGUUACGGUUGAACAGUUGGAGCAAUUGUUUAGGCUCAAUGAUACCGACAUGUAA